AUGCUACCGCCGCCUACUCUAAGCUUUACAAUUCCCUCUAUACACGACGGUUCGAGUCUUGAAUGUCGCAUCUACCAUCCAACAUGCCUGGCGCCUACUUCUAUCUCGCAGGUCUUACCGUGGAGAAAGAAGGCUGCUAUUGUUGCCCACCCGUAUGCGCCUUUGGGAGGGAGCUACGAUGAUGCUGUGGUUGAUUUAAUUGCUUCCAGUAUCUUGAAGGAGGGGUUUGUUGUAGGGACCUUCAAUUUUCGUGGUGCGGGCUCUUCCAAAGGACAUACUUCAUGGUCUUCCCUACCCGAACAAAAGGAUUAUAUAUCAUUUAUCGGAUUCAUCGUAACUUAUCUGCAUCACCUUAACGUGCAGUAUUCAUCCAGGCCACCGAAAUUUACACAAUCCGAGUCCCAACUCCAAAAUCUCACUCCUGUCCCAUCACAACGCUUAUUCAAGCCUUCAAAUGAUAGCUUGUCUAGUAGACCUACGUCUGCGGGGUCAGAUAUUGAGACCUUCGAUGCGCAGCCUCUCUUACUGCUUGCAGGCUACUCAUAUGGAUCUCUUAUUACAAUAAAUCUUGAACCGAGCCUUUUCAGCAUCCUCGCUCCAUUUCAGCAACCAGCCUCUGGGAGUGCUCACGCAGACAUAAGAUCUCGAGCACGAUUCUUAGCUACCCAACAGAACGAAGCAAUCGAAACUAAAUAUGCGUUACUUCGAGCAGGAAGUCGUUGGAGAGGUCGUAGUCUACACCUGGGGGAACAGACAACAAAUCAUAGCACUCGAAUUUCUAGCUCGGGUAUUCGAAUGGGUGGUGAUGAAGAUAUAAGAAGGACUAGUCAUGAUAUGUAUGGUUCCGGAGUGAGACGAUCAUACUCGGUAGAAAAGCCGAUGAAAAUUAGGAAGAGUUUGGAUAGAAUCAAAUCUGUCAUUAAUCAUGGAUCGCCACGGAGAGGUUCAAGCUAUAAUUCGACGGCUAAUCGAAGUCAGGAUAGUGACGCGAAUGUGGAAAAUUCGGAGAAGCAUACUCAAGAUAAAAAAGGCGAUACUACGGAUAUCCUUGGGGAUAAUAUCAAACUGGCCUACCUACUCGUUUCACCUUUACCUCCUGAUGGCAUGAUCAAUAACUUGGCCAGUAUUGGAAGUUUUAGGCCGGCAUUCCUUUUCGGAAAGCAAAACAACAAAACGGAAAACGAUGUUAAGUUCACAAUCGAUCCUACUUUGGUUAUCUAUGGGACCGGUGACUUUUUCGUUCAUGUCAAGACUUUUGAACGCUGGACCGAAAAACUGUCAAGUAUAUGCAAAAGUAGAGGCCUCGGAAGUGAAACCACUUUCAGACAUGAAGAGAUAGCUGAUGGAGAUCAUUUUUGGAGAAACUAUAGAGCGACCAGUGAGCUGAGGGAGACGAUUAGGGAAUUUAUGUUAGAGAUUCUUGGGUGA